AUGAAAACGAUCGGGAUAAUUGGCGGCCUUGGAUGGCCAAGUACUGCGAUAUACUACCAGGAAAUCAAUAAGCGUAUCGGCGCCCAUUUGGGCGGCAACCACUGUGCCAAGCUUAUCGUUAUACAAGCCGAUCUGGAGGAGAUACUCGAACUAGAAGGAGCCAACGAAUGGAGCAGAAUUGGACAGCUUAUGGUCGAUAUGGCUGAGCGACUUAAAGCUGCGGGGGCCGACUUUUUCCUGCUUGCUUGCAACACCAUGCACAAAUCCCUGGUGCCUUUCAAGCACACUUUGCCAUUGCCAUUUCUUGACAUAGUGGAUACAGCCGCAAAGAAGGCCAUUGCUUACCAGAAAGUCGCUCUGAUCGGCAGCAAGCCUACCAUGACGGAUAACUAUUUUCUUGGGCCACUUAUCACGGAAUAUGGACUGAAAGUCCUUGUCCCGCCAGUGGCGCAGCAAGACGCGAUCCAGACGGCGCUUCACGGGGAAUUGGUGAAAGGGCUUGUCUUGGAAUCGACCAAAAUGAUGUUCGCAAAAGUCGUCGCAGAUUUGAUUGAUCGUGGUGCAGAGCUUAUCAUACUGGGAUGUACAGAGUUUGGAAUGCUUCUCCAGCAGACGGACAUCUCUGUUCCAGUGCUCGAGACACUGGCUGCUCAUGUUGAGGCUGCGGUAGAUUUCGCAGUCAAUUGA